CAUUCAAUUCCCUCUCGCAAAAUCAAAACACUCCCACCAAAACCCUACAAAAACCCGACACGCAUUUCCGGCCUUUUUCAACGGAAUAAAGACAAAAAUGCCCUCAAUCCUCCAACUCUACUCCAAAUACAGAGCUUCUUCCAUCCAUCUCUCCCAUCCGUCCAUCACCUCCAUACAUCUCCGCCUCUUCUCCCAAUCAACAUCCCUCCCGAAGAAGGUCCAGCGCGUCCGCGACCAUGGCUUCGACGGCUACAUGGAAAUCCACAAGAAGAUAAUCAAGACCGUCAAAUUCCAGUCCCUGAUCCUGUCCCAGCCCGACCGCACCCUCUGCGUGGCCCGCCUCGACUCCUUGGGCCGCCGCCUCGGCCUCAAGCAAUACGAAGCCGGCUCCUUCAUCCUCAAGUACCCCCACGUCUUCGAUAUCUACGAACACCCCGUCCAGCGCAUCCUCUGGUGCCGCCUCACCCGUUCCGCUCUUCUCCAGAUCGACGUCGAGAACCGCGCCCUCCAAUCCCAGCUCCCUGACGCCGUCAUCCGCCUCCGCAAGCUCAUCAUGCUCUCAAACACCAGCCGCCUCCGCCUCGAGCACAUCCGCAUCGCCCGCCACGACCUCGGCCUCCCUGAUGACUUUGAAUUCUCCGUCGUCCUCGCCAAUCCGAAUUACUUCCGCCUCUUCGAGGACAAGGAUCCCCGGUCCAAGUUUGUUGAGAUCGUUGAGCGGGACCCGGACCUGGCUGUCUGCUCGAUGGAGAGGAAGAGAGAAAGGGAGUACAGAGAGAGAGGCUUAGAUGCCGAGGACAUCAGGUUUUCUUUCAUAAUUAACUUCCCACCUGGGUUCAAAAUUGGGAAAUAUUAUAAGAUUGCAGUUUGGAAGUGGCAGCGGCUGCCAUACUGGUCUCCGUAUGAGGACGUGUCUGGUUAUGAUCUGAGAUCAAUCGAGGCUAAGAAGCGGAUGGAGAAGCGGGCUGUCGCGACGAUCCACGAGAUUCUAUCACUGACAGUGGAGAAGAAGAUGACAUUGGAGAGGAUCGCGCAUUUUAGGUUGGCGAUGGAUCUCCCCAAGAAGCUGAAGGAGUUCCUGCUUCAGCAUCAGGGGAUAUUUUAUAUCUCAACGAGGGGGAAUCAUGGGAAGCUGCAUACAGUUUUCCUUAGGGAGGCAUAUCGAAAGGGGGAACUGGUGGAGCCAAAUGAACUGUAUCUGGCGAGGCGGAAGCUGGCGGAAUUGAUAUUGAGGAGCCCACGGAAGGCGAAUUUGGACCCAUUGUUGGUGCAUUUUAGGGGGGUUGGAGAGGGCGAUGGCGAGGCGGGGAGUGCUGGAAAAGACUAUGGUGAGGAUCAGUCUGGAAAUGAUGGGAUGCGUAGUGAUGGAGAAGGGAGAGAGGAUUCAUAUUCAGAUUCGGCUUUAGGUUCUGAUUCCGAUUUUGAUUCAAAGCUUAUAGAGAGCGGUGGCAGUAAUUGUGAUAGAACAGAUGAAUAUGGUCGGAUUGGCGAUGAAUGAGAGGAUUGGAGAGGUGAUGUGAUUUGAUGGGAUUUUUUGAGUGCUGUUGGUUUGAAUCUUUGAACUCUUUUGCUAGCCGGUUGCUUUGACAAUGACGAUGACAAUGACGAUGAUCUAUCGUUACUUCUGUAUUGGGUUUGUAUGGGGUCUUGAGUUCCUUGUUGUGUUUGGGGAUCUUGCAAAAGAGAAUUCGGUCAGGUUAAAGGGACGGGUCGGCAUCAUUUCUGCAGUGGAUGGUUCAAUCCACACCCUCGGAAAAAGUUAACAUUGGAUUCGUUGUGUAGGAAUAUUUGCAGGCCUCUAGCUGAUUUGGGCACUGAACUCCGUUUGAGAAUUUCACACCCCAGUUGGACCUUGUGGUGCCAAUAUCAACAUGGCAUGAAGUCAGUAAUUUGAUAACUUAUGCAACUGGGAAGGUCAGAACAUCCACUUCAAUGCUUUUAGUCUCAUUUUGAAAGUCUCAUUUUGGGGUUGAAGAAGCUCUUUGCUAGGCUGAGUAGUCAAUUUCGAGGUGGAAGAAACAUAAUGCAGCUGACUCAGCUUCCUCCAACUCUCUUACACAAGACUAUGGCAAACCAUGGCUGUUUGUUCUCCAUAAAGUAUAGAUUUCUUUUAGUUUCAAAGGAGAUCGCAGCUUCAACAGAAGGUUAAAAAGCAGCUGGAAGCAGUUUUGAUCCAGGAAGAUAUUUAUCUACACCGCCACCCAAUUAUUCUUUAUCUGUGGAGCAUUCCUGAUAUGAUUGAGGAAGUGUGAGUCCUGGGUAGGGGUGCAGAGAUUUCUUUCUCACUAGUGAAGAGGAGAGACGAAUAACGAGGCUGACUCGCUUGCUAAUUUAGUGUUGAAUUAAAUAUGUCUGUCCUGAGAUGAGCUUUUUGGUUUCUGCCGCUGCCUGUGAUGCAUCUGCUUUUAAGCCAUGUUAGCAUACCAUGGAUUCCAUUCUAAACAAUGAAAAGAAAAAGGGUCUUCCUUUGAUGUGACAAUUCACUUGUUUGGAUAACAGAGAAAGGGAUGGAUUUUGCAAAGCAAUCAUUAUAAUUUUCUUUAAUUUGGAUUCUUGGCAUAAGAAACUAGGUGACAGUUGUGGGAGUAAUAUGAGAUUUCCACUAGCGAACCAAACAAAAACUCUAAAAUGAGAAUCCAUGUUUCAAUAGUACUUAUGAAAAUCACCAUUACAAUUUUCCUCAGUUUUUUGUUUUUGUUUCUCAGUAUCAGGCUAUGCUGCCCUACCUAUUGGUCUCUGUUUUUGUCUAGCUUUUGCUAGUGUUUUUCACGUUGGGCUGGUGGUGUUGCAGCCCUGUUGUAUUUUUAGUUUUUCUGGUUUCAAUCAAGUUAAACCAUUCAUGAAGAUGGCAUUUUGUUGAUGAUCAUAUGUAGGAAUUUACAGGGUUUGAUCCCUAGAUGGCACGUUUCAACAUUGAGGUCUCGAGUUGAGAUCGUUUUACCCAUCGAAAAAGGAAAAAAAAAAAAAAGUAGCAAUGUACAAGAGCCAAACACGAUCACACCAUUGACUUUAGGACAAGUUCCGCCCCAUGUACGUGUAAUGUUUCUCCCCACAGAAUGACCCCAGCUGGGAGUCCAAGAGAUUCUUGACUCUGAUUGCACUACCAGAUCUGAGUGGCAAGGAGAUGGAACUGGAUAUUUGUAACCUGGAAACUAGAAAAAAGCUAGUGGACAAACUUAGCUUCCAUUCGAGAUUUCCAAUGAGCAUUUUUGGCUGUUUAAUGGCUGAUAUGAUCUUGCUGCAUUGCACUUCAAGGUUAACAAAUCAAAAGCUUUUGUUUUCAAGCUCUGAGAGCUCCACAUGGAUGACUUUUAAUGAAUGAUCUAGAAUGCAUGAAUGGUUUGCUGGGAAGAGAGUGUCCUAACUGUUGAAAAUCUUAUAGAAUUUGAAAGGGACCAGCACAUGAAAGUGGCCCUCAUAUCUGAAAGCAUGAUGCAACAUAGAACUAGCUUGAAGGAUGGAGUCUGGGCUGAUUUUUAUAUGCAUUUGACAUUGCCAGUAGUAAACUGUAGGGAGAUUCCAAAGGGCUGAUAAUGCAUUGGGAGUGGCAAAAAAAAAUAUUACUGCACGGCAUAGUGAACAUGUAUCUUUCUCAAACAUCUCAAUGUUCUGGUGGAAGAUUCUCCCUGGCAGUAGCCUUAGCUUUGAAAUUUCUGAGAUUGCACUCUUGCUGUAUGAUCCACACUGCCAAGAGGAAGCAAAGUUUUCCAAGAACCUCUCCCACUUGAUAGGAAGAGGCGUUCGAAAUAAAACUAGGAAUUUCAUUGGAAAUAUCUUCUACAAUAUAAGGGAUUUAAUCCAACCAGUGAAGUACAUUCAAAGAACAGAUGAUUACACUCUCACUCGUACUGUAACAGAAAACACAAUCAUCAUUUUGGAUAAUAUGUAUGCUUU